AUGACUGCUUUCACCAACCCAGUUCUCCCUGGCUUUAACCCAGACCCGUCCGUCAUUCGCGUGGGUAGCGACUACUUCUGCGUCACUUCGUCCUUCGAAUACUUCCCUGGCGCGCCCAUAUAUCACAGCAAAGAUCUUAUCAAAUGGAAGCUAAUUGGCCAUGCGCUCACGCGCAAGUCACAACUGGAUAUCAAGACUCCUGAGCCGGGAGGCGGUAUCUGGGCAACAACCAUUCGUUACCACAAAGGUACAUUCUACAUCAUUACCAACUCUUUCGACCGAUACAGACCGCAAAACGACGAUCGCGUAUGGCCCCGAGGCUUCUAUGUCAAGACCACCAACAUCUGGAACGAUAGCACGUGGUCUGAGCCUGUGUACUUCGAUCAGAUUGGCUUCGACUUCGACCUGUUCUGGGACGACGAUGGUCAAGUAUACUUGUCUUCUACCUACAGAAAGCUUGAUCGGACUCCUGGGGGCAAAUUGAAAGACUUUGCGAUACACAUAUCUACUGUCGAUCUGGAAACUGGCACUUUGAAGUCUACGCCUAAGAUGGUUCGGGAGUCGGAGUCUGGUAUAUCAGAGGGGUCGCAUCUUUUCAAGUUGAACGGCUACUACUAUCUCUUCACGGCGGAAGGAGGCACAGAGUCUGGGCACUGCGAAUACGUGAGCCGGAGUCGAGAAAGCCCCUUCGGACCUUGGGAGCAAGCACCGCACAACCCGCUUUGGCGCAACACAACAGACGACGACAUCCAAAAUACUGGCCAUUGCGAUAUUGUUGAGGACACCCAAGGCCAAUGGUGGGCCAUGUGUCUAGGCGUGCGACCGAGGAAGGAAGAUGGCGAAUGGCGAACGUCGGUUUUCGGACGCGAGUCAAUGUUACUCCCAGUUCGUUGGGAAAAUGACUGGCCAAUCUUCAAUGAAGGGAAACCGGUCACACUGCAGAUGAACGGGCCGACAGAGUCCACUGUUGGUGACGACAAGGCUUGGAGGGACGAUUUCAGCGGGGUCAGGCUCGGCCUUGGCUGGUACAGGAAGAAUACACCCGUGAAGAAGGAAUACUCGAUGACAGCGCGGCACGAUUCUCUUACCCUAAAUGGCGGCCCAUACACCCUCUCGAUGCCAGCAUGUCCAACACUAUUCCUGCGAAAGCAAAGACAUUGGCCGGUGACGUGGGAGACCCAACUAGAUUUCCAACCGAACGUCUCACGCGUCGAGGCUGGAACUGUAUUGUACUGGAAUCACACUUGCUACUCUAGCAUUGGCAUUGCUUUUGCAGAUCGCAAUGGUCAACCUCAACGAAUCAUUCGACUUACCCGUCCGGACAUGGAGACUGUGGAGCAAACCAUCCCAGAGAAGGGUGAGGUAAAACUCACCAUCGAGAGUACGGCUACCUCCUACCGAUUCGGCUAUCGGGAAGUCGGUGAUGGGGCACAGCAGAGCGCUGAAUGGAUAUGGCUGGGCGAGAUUGAUACCCAGGUCAUGACGCGUAACCCAGACAUUGGGCAGCCUUUCACUGGCAUGAUGAUGGGCCUGUAUUCGUAUGGCGAACUGCAGCCUGUACUGACUCCGGCGCAUUUCGCUUAUGCCGAAUUUCGGUAG